CGCCAUUUUUGCUCUAUCUUAUCUUAUUGAGAUCAAAAUUGCGGUACUUUGUUAAUCUAGUGACUUUAAUCAAAAGUAUAGUAUUGAAAAUGAUCUUUAAAAUGGACGAUUUGCUAGUGACAGACGCGGCCUCUAUUAAAGAGAAAUUUCUCACAACCGGUUGUUCGAAAUUGGACAUAAUAUUAAAGGGCGGUAUACCUUGUCGAGGUAUCACGCAAAUUUACGGUGCUGCUGGCACGGGAAAGACGCAGUUGGCUUUACAAUUGUGUCUCUCUGUCCAACUGCCAGUAACUGCAGGCGGUCUCGGAGCUGGUGCGAUAUACAUUAGCACAGAAACUGCUUUUCCAUCAGAACGUUUGCAACAAUUGUUACAAAGCUCAGAAAUAGCUAAAGCUCAUUCUGUUAAUGGAGAUGUAAUAUUUGUGAACCAUAUAGCCACUAUUGAUGAAUUAGAAUUAUGUCUGCAACGUAAAGUUCCAGCUCUGAUGAAUAUUCAUAAAAUAGGAUUAUUAGUUAUCGAUUCAAUAGCAGCUCCUUAUAGAGUAGAAGAUUGGAAAGAUCAAUUACAAGGCAAAAGUAAAAGAAAUGUUGGAAGGCAAUUACAUGAACUUUGUAAAAACAAUAAUUUGUGUGUGAUCUGCAUUAAUCAGGUUUCUGCAGUUAUAGAUAGUCACAGUGUUAUUUCUGAAGAUGCAAUUGAACAACCAGUUUUAGGAUUUACUUGGUCAAGCAUGAUCACCUCUUCCAUAUAUUUUUACAGAAGAAAUUCUGCGCGAUAUGCCUGUAUAAUGCUAGCUUCGCACUUGCCAAGAAUUACUUUUCAAUUCAUAGUGAGUCAAUCUGGAGUCAAAGUGACGCAAUAAAUCUGCGCAUCAUAUAUAACAAAA